UUGAGCUGGCUACGUUGGCAAACGUUCCCUCGACGCUCGCCUCGCGUUGCCGGCCUUCAUGAGCUCCCUCGCCCCCCUAACCACCUCAAAUUCUUGUCCUGGAACCUUCAUCCUCUCAUCUCUCUCCGGAGCCAAUCCUUUCGCGCUACAAGGCGUUCGAUCAUCUCAGCGGAACGUUUCUAGGGUUCAAAUUGCUGCCCCCAGGACGACACCGAGCAUUUCGCCUGCGACGGGGAGAUUCUUGACCGUCAAUCUAUGCUCCAAGAAUGAGCAGCCCGAGGUGGAGGCCAUUCAUUGUGAGGACAAAAAGGAAUUGCCUUGUAAUUUGGACGAGAGAAAUAGCAAGGCAUCGAAAGGAUUUUCGUUGAAUGGGAUAAUGCAGAGGUUAAAGAGAUAUGGAGUUGCAGGAGUACUCUCCUAUGGGCUACUUAACACCGUAUACUAUCUGACAACGUUUUUGUUGGUUUGGUUUUAUUUCUCACCUGCGCCUGGAAAAAUGGGUUAUCCUGCAGCAGUUAAAAGGUUUCUGAAAAUGAUGGCGAUGGUUUGGGCUGGGAGCCAAGUUACCAAGAUCAUAAGAGCUGGAGGGGCUCUUGCAUUAGCUCCUGUUGUAGACCGAGGAUUAUCAUGGUUCACGGUGAAGUUUAACUUUGAAUCGGAAGGAAAGGCAUUCGCAGCAAUUGCAUGUGUAUGCUUUGGGUUGGCUCUUUCUCUCUUCUUUGGAUUGACCUUGCUUUGGGCAUAACUAUCCUUUGUUACUUUGGCCAAUCUGUUUCUUGCAAUUGGUCAAGAUUUUCCUUCCCCAGAUGUCAUAAACUUUGGCAAAAUAAAAGGUACUGGAUUGUGAUUCUCUUGAACCA